AUUUCAAUACGGACGCAGCGGGGUUCACCCGUUUAUCGCGAAAUGUUUGUGCUCAGCCUCGGAUUCUUUUUGACUUCCAUCAUAUCAUACAUCAAGCCUCCGCAGGGUUCCGCGCAGUCACGAUGCCAGAGAAGAUCUCCGUCCUUUUCGUCUGCCUAGGCAACAUAUGCCGCUCGACCAUGGCAGAGGGAGUCUUCCGGUCUCUGGUCAACAAGCCACCCUACCAAGGCUUGAUCUACAAGGUUGAUUCCUGCGGGACAGGUGCAUACCACACAGGUGACGAGCCUGACGACCGCACAAUUUCGACGCUGGAGAAUCAUGGCAUCACCGACUACACGCAUGCAGCGCGAAAGGUACGGCAAUCCGACUUCGACACGUUUGACUACAUUUUUGCCAUGGACCGCUCCAACCUGUCGGACCUGCAGCGGUACAACAAAACCAACUCCAAGGCUAAGCUAAUGUUAUUUGGAGAGUAUUCCGGCAUACCAGGCAAGAAGGAGGUCGUCCAGGACCCAUACUACGGCGGCAGAGAUGGGUUUGAAACGGCGUAUAAGCAGUGCCUUCGCUUCUCGACUAAUUUCUUGGGCGAGGUGUUUCCUGAUGUGAAAUAGUAGCAGCUCAAGGCGCAGCGCACGCAAAAGGCGACACCAUGAUGAAAGACGAGACAAGAUGAGACGAUACCUACGAUACCCCCGGGAUACACUGAUAUAGAAGGGGAAUGAUGGCUUCAAUGCCUAUGGAUGCGCCGAUACACUUGAUAGACUUGAUGUACAUAGGAAACCAAGGUUACACGAGUGCCUGUCCGACCUUGUCAUUUAGCUGCAUCUGGAUAGAAGUGAUGGUUUGGAUAUGUGAUGCUGUGGUAAACCAUGUUGAUUGGUAUCCGCCCACUUCAGAUCUGCUAGGAGAGUUGACCAAGACCGUGCUUGGGCGAUGAAGACCCUAUGAAUAUACAAGUCACAUGCAUUGUGUUUCACCC